AUGAAUGCCCACAUCGACAGUAUGCUGAAUUCAGGUUACCAUGAAACUACAAUGGUUGACGAAGAUAUAGGACGUGAUGCAACUGAUGGCUCAGACAUUCUGAAAUCACUUGCCACCUCCCUCAAUCUAGGCAAACAUUACGGCUCCAGACGAGAAUUCGAUUUGAGAUACAAGUUUAGGGAAGCAAGGGAAAGUCAACGGAAGAUGGUGACAGGAGAUGAAAUACACGAGUGCGGACCACGAGGGGAAGGUUUCAGAACUUCUUCCGCCAAAACGUCUUACUUUAAAACGUGUGACAAGUUAGUGGUUUUGUGCACUAUGUAUGAUUCUCAACGUCCCAACUCAUUUUCACUCUCAGAAGUUCCCGGGAAACCAACGCAUUAUAAGCUGAAGCUGAUAACUCAUGGACUGUCCCGUCGCCAUCCUAUUUAUAAUGUAUGCAUACAGGAAGAUGAUCGAAAGUGGUACCUUUCCCACCAACUUCUCCGGACGACCAGCUCUGAAGAACUAGGACUAUCUGCUAAGGGCAAUGUAGCUGAUCCUAUCACUGGAGCUGGUGAUGGUCAGUUGGUGCUUUGUAUUCAAUGCUCGACAUGGCCACCAGCCUCCUUUAGCAUGGUUCAGAGACUAAGCAGGAGCGACUGGCCUAACAAGGAAGUAAAAGACAAAAUGGUGAGGAAGGGAUGUUUCGUCGUACCAUCAGAUGAUGACCAAGACGGCGAGGCAGUGUUCAUGCUGUCAUUUGCAGUCCCUGAGAGAGAGCUCAUCAGAUCGCUUAACCAAACACAGAUAAACGUAUACGGAUAUUGGUUGACCAUAUUGGAACAAAAGAUGCCUGAUUCACUUAAAGCAGUCUUCAAUGAGACGGUUGUAAAGCACUGUCUCUUCUGGGUUAUACAGGAUUACCCACCCGACUUAUGGGUCGAGGUGAACGUCGCCAGAUGUAUGGAUUUGGUUUUAAAAAAGUUUUUUGACGUUACAAGGAAUCGUUCUUGUCCAAAUUUUUUCGUUAAGCGCUACGAUAUGUUUAUGACGAUGACACCGAAUCUUCAGGUUAAUCUUCUCAACUUUCUCCAUACUAUACAAGAAGCAGGACAGGACUACUUCUUAGAACUGGAGCCAUUCUGUCAGCGAGCUGAGCAGUUUCACAACCUUCAACAAUCUUUUGCCGAAAUGUGCGUUAAAGAUCUUGAAGAAGAGCGAAGAUUAGAUUUUGCCUUUUUUCAAGAAGUUUUCCACACUUGUUUUGAAAUACGGCGACUUUUCCAGUAUGCUGUCAAGACGUCUAUGCCAUUCAAUCUGGAGGUGUUCGAAACUAUAAUUAGGAACCUGGAGGAGCGAUCGAGCCCGCUUUUGGACGACAACAUCAAGACGGUGUUGAAGGGUUACUGGUCUCUACUGAUGGCUUGUCACAUGUGUAGAAACAUACCAAAUGUCGUAGGCAAGCGGCCCGCAGACAUUACCAGGGUUGAGGACAUGCUGAAGGAGGGUCUUCAUGCGGACAUGUCCUCUGCCAAGCUCAAAACAGCUACUUUGUAUUUGCAUGUAGGCAAAGUAAAAGAUGCUGUUAAGAUCAUCAAUGAUCUUGUUACAGAUGCUCGAGCGGAUCAUGUGAUUGAUCUUGAAAGAAGAUGUAAGCUAUCAGGAUGGAUAGAAAACCAGAGGAUUGACCAGGCCUACGAACAAUCAGCUUGUGACAAGGGAUUAUCACGUGCAGAGAAAGUGGCAAGAUUUAUGGCGCUCCCGUAUACUAUUACAAGUGAUGAAGAAGUCAUAGUUCCAGAGGUCAUUCAGUACGAACUGGCUGUUAACGACGGUCAUGUUACUAGUAAUUUUCGCUUAUACUGCUACUUGCUACUCAUAAUAUGUAAACAUAGGUUAGGUGAGGAGGUAAACCAACUAAUCGAAACAUUGCGCCAGUUGGUGACUGAGUCACGUGACCAUGAAAGUGUGCAUAUGUAUUACAAUUGGCUCGGAUAUUGCUUGAUGCUUGUUCAGUCAGUUCCGGAGGCACAACAAUGUUUCCAUGAAUCCAUAAAUAUUAAGCCUAGUGGUAAUGCAGCGGAAAAACACUUAGAGGCGUUCAGUAAAAAAUGAAAGUGCAAAUCAUAAAGCUGUCAAAUUUGGGUUUCAGAUAGAUAAUGAACACUACAUUUAAUAAUCGUAUCUAAGGAAGUGCAAACAUUGUAGUGUCUGCGUUGCUUGGAAACAAGUUGGGUAUCUCUGAAUAUAAAAGGUGCCCAAUCUAUCAAACCGAUUAACACCCAUCCGUCUUGUCUGUUCGAAGUGUUACAAACCUGCACCUAAGCCAGGUAACCCUAAUCGACAGUAAGAAAAGAGAAAUACACUUACCUCGAUUCGAUUACAUAAUGUAAAGGUGGUUUUUAUCUCACGACUCCCUGUAAUACUCGUAUCUUUCCGAACAAAAUAGAAAAGGCAUAAAUAAAACGGAAAACACUCGAAUGAAUCAUAUAAAUGAAUAAUCUUUCUACGUUCUUACACAAGAUAGAUACAUUUGGAAGCAUAGCAAGGGUUUGAAAUGGUACAUAUGCUAAACCCUGAUAACUUAGGUGAUUUACAAGUAAAACAAGUGCAAAGUGACGGCAAGGUUAAUUUACAUUAAUUGGUAAUGGGCGAUUUUUCAUGGGCGGAUAAAUAAACGUAAGAUGUAAAUGGUAAUGCUUUUUUAUUGGUCAAUUGUUUAACCGUGUAUUUUUCUAUAAGUGUAUCCUUUGAUGAUUAUUACUUCAUUUUUCUGUUUAAUUUUAAAAUGAAAAUUGAUGAAAUCGAUAAUUUAUACAUAAAAUUAUAUGCAUGUAAUUGUAUACAGAUGUGUCGCGUUGCGCUCUCGAUGCACAAUGAUGACUGAUUGUACAUGUUGUGUGCCUUUUAUGCCCAGAGAUACCUAUACAAGGUUCUUUAGAAGACAUACACGUAAAAUAUAUUCACUUUCGUAGAUGAAUUGACCAUUUCAGAAGCAUUCUGAAAAUUGUAACUUUAUUCGUUAUUUAACAGUUUUAAAAUUUGUACUCUCAGCUUUUGGCACGUUCGCAGACGCGAGCGUGAAGAGAUAACACAUCUAUCAGACCAAGCUUUAAAAGCUUUAUACCCAGUAACGUUCUGUUUAUAAUAUUUGUUGUAUACUUAUUCAGUUAAGAUGAAAUUGAAAUGAAAUGAUUACUCGUAAUUGAAAGAGCGACAACUCCUGUUCCCAAUCAAAAACUGGCAGAAUUGUUUUAUUAAAUAUAUUCAAUACCCAUCAUUCAAUAUUAAUGUAUUGAAAAAUACUUCAAUGAAGACUUUCUUUAUGUUAUUAAACAAACGUAUGUAGCAGGGACAUUAUUUCGUGUAUUUUUAAGUUGUUUCAUUAAAUAUGUAUUAUUGUAUUUUUGGCAUUAUUUUAAUAUUAUUCUCCAAUCAUCCAGAGUAUUGUAUUGUCGCGUACGUAACACAGUAUCGUGUGUAUCAUAUAGUUAUGUAUCUGUAUUUAGUGCCAUUUCGUUUCGUCUGUAUUGUACCAGUUAUUGUAAUGUCCAAGUGGUCAGUCUUUGUGGUGUUAUGUCAUAUAGUUCCUGUUGUUUCAUUGGUUGUUUUUAUUGGGCGAUUUGGCGGGAUAUUUCUUUGUUUAGGCUUUUGUCUUGUCAGACUGAGGCGUUCCUUUGACCAGACAGGACGUGUUCAAGAAGCCUGAACAUAUAUUGAUAUAUAUAUUGAACUAGACCUCUAGUGGAUUUGUUGUAGCUCCAUGGUCAGUUUUGGGACAUGGGCUUUGAGCCAUCAUUCAGGUAUAUAUGUAUAUCUGUAUUUCUGCAUAUGUAUGAUUAUAUUGUAACUUUUAACUAAAUAUAACUUGUAAAGAUAAAAGCAUCUUUGCAUUGUUACUAUAUAUAUUUAUUUGAUCGAUAUAAAUAGUAUCGAUAUAAAAGUUAUAAUAAUAAAUGUAAACGUCUCAUUUGUAAAUCGUAAUAGUAUACGAUUGAUAAAUAAUUAUUUUAUUAGUGCUGUGAGAGUUAUUUCCCUUUGUGUGUGAAAGUUAAGAAAGUAGGGUUAGCUUGAAUGUGUAGUUAAGUCCGUUUUAUAUUAUUUGUUACAGAUCGUCGGAGUUGUCUGCUCCUGAGUCGUUGCAGAAUCAACUUUAAGUUCCCUAUGUACCUCACACAUAACACAUGGGUUAACGAUGACGCAGUUCUAACUUUAUACAUGUAUCUUUUAACUGUUAAAAUUGACAUAUUAAAUAUACCUAUAUGUAAACAUGAAUCAAUGUUUGUAUUUGUCAAAUUGCAUUAGAUUGUGUAAUAACGUCACUGGAAUGCAUUUUGUUUUGUUUGGUGCUUGUUUGAUCAUUUGUCAUGAGGAUAUAUAACAAUGUUUUAUUGUGUAAAUGUUUUUAAUAAAUUUCUGCAAUAUUACUU